CGCAGGUAGGGCACCAUGCCAAUGUCUGCGGCGCCACUUCGCCGCAGCUUCGCCUCGACGGAUCUGUCAUCGUUGGCGCGAUCGUUUGAAGAAGACGAGUACGCGUCACCUCCUGCGAUAUACCUUCUCCCCCCCAGAGCUCCGAUGAAGCGCCGGGUUGGCGCCCCUUGCUAUGCCGUCCACGAUCGCCGUGUUCGCCAGCGACCUUCCUUCAAGGACCUCGGCGGACCCGACGCCACCAUUGUCUGACCUUUUUUUGUGCUUUUGUCCCGUUUUGUGCCCUGUAAUUCAAGACAUUUUCCAGUA